AUGCAUGCUGAACUAAUCGGAGUAGAGGAUGCAAUCACACAAGUGUUGUGGACACGCAUGUUCAUGGAAGAACAGGGUUAUCCGAUUGAGAAGAAUAUCUUGUAUCAAGAUAAUAUGAGCUCUAUUCUGCUCAAAAAGAAUGGAAGGUCAAGUGCUGGCAAGAGAAGUCGUGCAUUGAACAUCCGUUACUUCUUUGUCACCGAUCAGGUUGAGAAAGGAAAUCUUACAAUCAAACACAUGCCGACAGAUGACAUGUGGGGGGAUUAUAGGACCAAACCUUUGCAAGGAGAAAAGUUCCGCAACUUUUGUGCAUUGAUUCAAGGAGAUCAAGAAGAUUUGAUAUGA